AUGUCCCGCCAAAUCUCUCACCUCAACACAACCAUCCCCUCCCCGACAAACCCCCUCCUCACCCUCCGCACAAUCCUCCCGUCCGACGCCCCCUCCCUCUCACACAUCCUCUCCGCGCCCUCAAACAAGACCGAUCCCAACGCGAAAGACGUUGAUGUCGCAACUGCGGGAGCAAUCAUCAAUCGUAUGCGCGAAGAAGCAAGCCAGCCCACCAUCCUCGACGACCAAGGAAAUGUCGUUAGUGGACCGAGCCGCGUCAAUAUGAUUCUGGUGCUCAGAUCAGAGGAUGAAAACGGCCAGCCUGUUGAAAAGGUCAUUGGCCUGGGAGGGUUUGGGGCGAUCAAAGACUGGGAGCGAGAUGGACGGAAGAUCCGGGCUGGCGAUGUGGGCGUCAUGCUGGAUCCCGCAUACAAGCGACAAGGUUAUGGCGUUGAGGCUAUGAAGAUGGCUAUAAACUGGGCUUUCACACCUGCGAGCGAGGGAGGUCCUCAGCUCGAUCUGGUUACCAUUACGACGUUGGAGGAUAAUGGUCCGAUGGUAAAGCUCCUGCACGAGAGACUUGGGCUCGAAGGCAAAGGGGUCGCGAGGCCAGCGGAGUUUGACAAGGACAAGAACGAGAUAUACUACGAAAUCACAAAAGAAGAUUGGGAAAGCAUAAACCCCAACUGA